AUGUUCCUGCUCCCGCAGUCCAAACCCCCUGACACAAUGUUACUGCUCCCGCAGUUCAAAACCCCUGACACAAUGUUACUGCUCCCGAAGUCCAAACCCCAUGUCCCCGCAGUCCAACCCCCUGACACAAUGUUCCUGCUCCCGCAGUUCAAACCCCCUGACACAAUGUUCCUGCUCCCGCAGUUCAAACCCCCUGACACAAUGUUCCUGCUCCCGCAGUUCAAACCCCCUGACACAAUGUUCCUGCUCCCGCAGUUCAAACCCCCUGACACAAUGUUCCUGCUCCCGCAGUUCAAACCCCCUGACACAAUGUUCCUGCUCCCGAAGUCCAAACCCCAGGACCCCGCGGUCCAACCCCCUGACACAAUGUUCCUGCUCCCGAAGUCCAAACCCCCUGACACGAUGUUACUGCUCCCGAAGUCCAAACCCCAGGACCCCGCAGUCCAACCCCCUGACAAAAUGUUACUGCUCCCGAAGUCCAACCCCCCUGACACAAUGUUACUGCUUCCGCAGUCCAACCCCCCUGACACAAUGUUACGGCUCCCGAAGUCCAAACCCCAUGCCCCCGCAGUCCAACCCCCUGACCCAAUGUUACUGCUCCCGCAGUCCACACUCCCUGACACAAUAUUACUGCUACCGCAGUCCAAACCCCCUAACACAAUAUUACUUCUCCCGCAGUCCGACCCCCCCCCAUGUUGCUCCCGCAGGCCAAACCCCUCAUGUUACUGCUCCCGCAAUCCAAUCUCCCUGACACAAUGUCACUGCUCCCGCAGUCCAAACUCCCGGACACAAUAUUACUGCUCCCGCAGUCCGACCCCCCCCCAUGUUGCUCCCGCAGGCCAAACCCCUCAUGUUACUGCUCCCGCAAUCCAAUCUCCCUGA